AUGAGGAACAGGGCGACCCAGCAUCUGAGCAAGCCGAAAGUCCGGCAAUCAUGGAGCAAAUGGAACCUAUAUAACAUGAAGCGGUUCUCCGUCAAGAACCCCAUGUUCCGAACUCAUUUCCAGCAAAAAUGGGAUGCCAAGUCGAUAGCCCGUGGAUAUCAUGGCGAACAAGUCUCCGAGAAGCACUGGGUGCGCAUGUUUUCUCCCCGCAUUCGUAGCGUGGUGCCCAUGGAUCCCGCCAAACUGGCCAAAGACGAUGCCGACGCCGACCAACUGGAAAGGCCUUUUCCCUAUACACAGGCGACUUUUGCUCCCCUAGAGCGCCGGCUGGAUGUGGCCGUCUUCCGGGCUAUGUUCGCUAGCAGUACGAGGCAGGCGCGGCAAUUUGUCAUUCAUGGAGCGGUCACUGUCAAUGGAAAGAAGAUGAGAUACCCCGGUUACCUGCUCAACCCUGGUGAUCUUUUCCAGGUCGAACCCGAGCGUGUCAUGUUUGCCACCGGUGCUCCAAAGGACAAGUACGACCGGCGCGCGGCUCGUGUUGCUGAGAAGGAGGCGGAGAAGGAGGCGGAGAAAAAGGCCGAGGAAGCCGAGGAAGCCAAGGAAGAGAGUGAGGCCAAGGAGGAGGAUAAGCAAGAGGUCCAGUCCCCGCGCCAGACCUUGCAGGCUAUGCUGUCGCAGGCCAAGAACAUCAUGGCCGACAGCAAGUCGGUGCUUCCCGCCAAGCGGAAGCAGGAGCUGCGUGGAUUCCAGAAGGCCGUCCGUCGCGUGCUGUCUCGCUCUGAUUCAAACGUCCUCGCCGACAACCUGGAGGCUCAAUUUUCCGAGCUGACUUUGCUGCUCAAGGCCAAGAAGGCAGAGAAGACGAAGAAGUCGGGCAACAAGGAAAGACAGGAUACCACAUCUGCCAACUCCGAGAAGUCCACCGAUACCAAGGCUGCUACUGAGGUAGACAGCGAGACUCAGCCCGGCGAUAAGCUGUCCGAGGCAUUCCGCCAGGCUGCUGAGAACCCCGAACAGGAGGUGGAUACGUCCGAGUUGACCGAUGAGGAGUUCAAGAUUCUUCGUCGUGCCCUUAUCCAGAUGCGUGAUAACCCGAUCGAUCAUUCGAAGCCGUACGCUACGCCCUGGCGGCCGCGGGACUUCAUGAGCGCCUUUGCCACGAUCCCUCGCUACCUGGAAGUGAACCCUAAGGCUUGUGCGGCCGUCUACCUGCGCCACCCCGUUGUUCGUCCGGGCUUGUCGGAGGUUCCAUCGCCCUUCAACCUUGCGACUGGAGCGCUGGCAUACCACUGGUACCUGAGACGGCGGUAG